AGAAAAAGCUUCCCCGGUGAAGACAACAUGCCCACUUGUUGAUGUUGGGGUUUCUCUGGACUAUAACCACAUCCUGCGGCUCUUUGUUCUGAUUGGUUCCUGGUCCGUCUCUCCCAGCAUGGCGGAGCUCGCCCUGUGUGAACCUGUGGAGCUCUACAACCUCCUCAACCAGACCCGGACCGUGCCGAGGCUGGCCGAGAUCAACUACCUCUGUCUGAUUGAUGCCCAGGAAACCCAUCACUUCUUGACAGGUCAUAUUAUCACAGCCAGACAUGUGAAAACGGCUGGAGAUGGUACGUUCUACCUGCCAGAUGCAGUGAAGCUCGACACCAUGCAGAACGUUGUGAUCUAUGAUUCCACCACAAGCAGUUUAGAAGAAGAAAACGGUAGGGCCAUUGAUUGUGCCCGAGAGCUGGGAAAAUCCUGCUACCGUCCAAUUCAAAUACUGGCAGGAGGCUACAGGCUGUUCUCAGCUAUUUACCCAUUUCUAAGGACUGAGAAGACCCUUUACACCAUCUGGGAGCUUGAAAGCUUGAGGCUUUAUCCUUUGGAGGUUAUACCUGGACUGCUGUAUAUGGGAGACCUGAAACAAAGCCAGGGCUCCCUGUGGAACCUGAAAAUCCGUGCAAUCGUCAGCAUCUCGCAGUUCACUCAGAGCGACUUUUCAAAGGCUGAAAAAGAAACCCGGGUGAUCCUUGACAUCCCGCUGGCUGACAAGGUGGAGUCGGAUUUAUAUUCAAACUUCGAAACCACAUGCAGUUUUAUUAGUUCUCACAUUGAUGAAGGAUCUCGUGUCCUGAUAGUUUCCAGGGAGGGAACAAGCCGCUGCAGCGCCGUGGUACUCGCAUUCCUCAUACACUACUUCAGAUACACACUGGAGGAAUCCUGGAGCUACAUUAUUAAAUGUAAACCCACCAUGAGGCCCAACACAGGAUUUCUGCAGCAGUUGUGUGAGUGGGAGGUUCUCACCAUUGGAAAGACGGACACGGAUUUGUCAAAACCUCCAUUUUUAUGAACGAUAAUACAUGUUGCAGUCAGUCUGUCAUGUAUGUUCUUAUGUUUGACCAAUUCUUGGACAUUUAUUUUAAAAGGCAACGUUCAACAUUCCCUUAAUAAAUCCAUG